CAUUAAAUUAGUCCGAAUCUCUAUAAAACAUAGUAGAAAUCCAAAAAAUAAAAUUAUAAUUAUAUCAUAUAUUAUAAUUUAUAUUUUAUAGUAUUAUACUAUACCUUAAAAUAUUUUCUUGUUGGAAUCUUCUCAAACAACCUAAAACCCUCCACCAUCCUAUCUAUAAUUUAUCUUCUCCCUCCAUUUCCACUGUACCAUACAAAAUGUCUAGCGUUCUCCGAACGCCGUCAACCACGUUAACGCCGCCGCCGUCAACCACCGUCAGAGCUGCCGUUGUUUACUCCUCCGUUAAACCUAACUGUAUCUCUUUCUUAUCUCAUCAACACUAUGGACGGGGGCAGACGCCGUUACUCACCAAACGGUGUCGUAUUCUUCAGAAAGGGAAUUCAAUUGUGAGAUUGAAGAACCGGUCGGUUGAGAAAUUUGUUGUGUUUGGUUCGAAUGAGGAUGUUGCUGAAGCUGAGACGGAGACGAAGGUAAAGGAGGAGGUACAAGAAUUGGAGCAGGAGGAGAAUUUAGAUGGUGCUGCUGCUGAAGAAGCUUCGGAUGAGCACGCCGAUGCAGCUGCAGAGGAAACUUUAUCAGUCGUUUCAAAUUCAUUGCAGUUGUACAGAGAUGCUUUGGCAAAUAACGACGAUUCCAAAGUUGCAGAGAUAGAAACCACCCUCAAGUCCAUAGAAGAUGAGAAAAUUGAACUUCAGACAAAAGUAGCGUCAUUGACUGAAGAAUUGUCAAAUGAGAGGGACCGGGUUCUUAGAAUCAGUGCUGACUUCGACAACUUCCGCAAGAGAACAGAUAGAGAAAGAGCUUCUCUUGUGACAAAUGCGCAAGGGGAAGUUGUUGAGAAACUUUUGUCUGUUUUGGACAAUUUUGAGAGAGCGAAAAUGCAAAUCAAGGUGACAACAGAAGGAGAGGAGAAAAUUAAUAACAGUUACCAGAGUAUUUCUAAACAAUUUUUGGAAAUCCUUGGAUCUCUUGGUGUUGAGCCUGUGGAGACAGUUGGGAAGCCAUUCGACCCAUUGGCCAGUUCCCGAGUUGGCUCAAAAUUCAGUCGAAUUAUUGAUGAACUUUUUCAAAAGCUGUAUAACUUCUAUUCGGUUUUUAGGAAGACCUCAACCUGAUUUUUAGCUCAUCUAAAUCAGCAUUCUUUUGAGCCAACUCGGUGAGUUGACAAUGUAUAGACUUCUGGUAUUCUUUCAUGAAGGGAACAAAACAAAAAUUUGUUUCCUUCGAGAUGUAUAAAGAUCUAACAUUGAAAUCUGUUUGUGUCACACCUUCUUGUUGUAAUGUUGGAGAAAACCUUUUCUUUAGAUUUAUGCCAAUAGAUGAAACCGUAUUACCUGUCUCUAUUUAGUAUUGACUGGUCUCCCGUGAUCAGCUGCAUGAAGCUAUAAUGCGCGAGGAUUCCUCAGAAUUUGAAGAAGGUGUUGUGUUAGAAGAAUAUCGCAAAGGUUUCAGACUUGGAGACAGACUUUUACGUCCUUCAAUGGUGAAGGUUUCGGCUGGCCCAGGGCCAGCAAAGCCAGAGACAGCCGAGCCUAAGGAAGAGGAGCAAAACGAAGUCGAUGAAAAGAGUGAGGAAGGUAACGCUGAAACACCAGGUGAUGAAGGGACAAGUGAGGAAGGUAACUAACUACCAGGUGAGGGAUAUAACCCAUGAUUUGGCUUCUUUACAAGCAAACAGAAGAAUAUAUUUCACAUUGAUUGAGGUUGGGCUAGGUUUUUGUUGGUGGAUACCUUUCAAUUUUCAUUAAGUACUGUUUGUUUGAGAGGACAUCAUUUAGGUCAGUUAUCUUAUGAGUGCUGUCUUAAACAUUAUUUUUUAGACUUCGGUUAGCGAACGAGGAUCCAUAUAGCUGAUACCAACUAGCUUGGGAUCGAGGCGUAGUUGUUGUAACAUUCUGAAAAAAAAUGAGGGCUGAAUGUCACGUGCAAAUGUGACAUGAAUUUGAACUUCA